AAAGACAAAAGAAAGCAACCGAAAGAAAUGCGAAGUUUCACUGAUAGCUGCUGUUAGCUAGAAAUGUUUCAUUUUGCAGCCAUGACAACAAUUUAUAUUGCUAUGGCAUAAUUAUGUUAAUUAUGGCUAAAAUGAACAAACUCGAUCAGGUUCGAAAAAACUGUUGCUUAGCAACCAAUCGUCAAACAGUCGCGUGAGUCCACAGGAAAACAGGAACCCAGUACUUUAGCCGUUUAGCUAGCUUGAAAAUAAACUGAGUUUCAGGAAUUGCCUUGCCAUUGGUUUUAUAUUAUUUGUUUAAAAUAUAGGUUCAGUCACAAAUGGCAGGUAAGAAGAAAGAGGCGAGCCUGCAGACAUCUGUAACAAACCAAGAACAAUGGGAGGAGAUGCUUACUACCAAAGGUUUAACAGUUGUAGACGUUUACCAACAAUGGUGCGGCCCCUGUCGAGCUGUCGUUAGUCUCCUCCGAAAAAUAAAGAACGAACUGAGUGAUGACCUUCUACACUUUGCCACUGCUGAAGCUGACAAUAUUGAUGCCCUGGAGAAGUACCGAGGGAAAUGUGAACCCACCUUCCUUUUCUUUGGAGGUGGGGAGCUGGUGGCUGUGCUGCGAGGGGCCAACGCUCCGAUGCUCCAGAGAAUGAUCGUGGAGGAGCUGGCCAAAGAAAAGCUGGUCCUGGUGCAAGGCAGUGGGCGAAAAGUGGUAAGAGAUGAGCGUCUGUUGGAUGAAGAGAAGAAAGAGGAGAAGGAGGAGCUUCAGCAGCCAGAAAAUGAAGAAAGUAUAAUUGUUCCAGCCAGUAAAUCCUUCACAGUUGCCAUCAUUAAGCCUGACGCAGUUGCUCAUGGCAAGGCAAAUGACAUCAUUAUGAAGAUCCAAGACGCUGGGUUUGAGUUACUUGCACACGAGGAGCGAACUCUGACUGAGGCUGAGGCUCGAGAUUUUUACCAACAUAAAGCAGCAGAGACUAGCUUUGAGGACCUGGUGCAGUUUAUGUCCAGUGGCCCUUCCCAUAUUCUGGUGCUUUCUCAAAUAGAGGGCACAGCCAAUAUUAUACCUGCAUGGCGUGAGUUCAUUGGCCCGGCAGACAUGGAGGAAGCCAGGCGAGAAAAGCCAGAAAGCUUGCGGGCACAAUACGGCACAGAGACGCUGUUCAAUGCAGUGCAUGGCAGUGAGGACAGUGACCACGCCAGCAGGGAGCUCGCCUUCUUCUUCCCCAACUUUAGGACGGCCUCCGAAGCAGAGCAGGAUGGGGAGGAAGAGCAUGUGGAGAGGACGCUGGCCCUUAUUCGGCCCGACGUUGCCAGGAAGAACAGAGAUGAGAUCUUGGCCCAGAUUCACAAGUCAGGCUUUACUGUUGCCCUCCAAAAAGAGGUGAUGUUGACAGAGGAGCAGGUCAAACAGUUUUACUUCCAGCAUGUGGAUAAAGACUUUUUUCCUGCACUUCUGCAAAACAUGACAAGCGGAGCAGUGCUUGCUUUAGCUCUGGCCAGGAAAGGAGCUGUCCAUCACUGGAAGAACAUGCUCGGUCCCCCUGACCUUCACAAAGCCAAAGAGGAGGAUCCUGAGUGUCUAAGGGCCCAAUUUGCUGUGGAAAAUGAGCCCAUCAACCAGCUUCAUGGCAGCAAAAAUCCUAAAGAGGCAGAAAGAGAGCUCAAUUUUUUCUUUCCUAAACAACGGACACUGGCAGUCAUCAAACCUGAUGCUCUGGAGGAACACAGAGAUACAAUUUUGGAAGAGAUCAGUGGAAGAGGUUUCACCAUAGCACUGCUGAAGGAGACUGUGCUCUCAAGAGAGAUGGCUGAGGAGUUUUACAAAGAGCACAGGGAGAAGCCCUUCUUCAUCCAGCUGGUGGAUUUCAUGUGUCGUGGGCCGUGUAUGAUGCUUGUCUUGACCAAGGAGAAUGCAGUGGAGGAGUGGCGGGCCAUGAUGGGCCCCAGCAAUCCCGAGAAAGCUAAGGAAAAAUCCCCACAGUCUCUGAGGGCACGCCUUGCUGCCAACAUCCUCCACAACGCCGUUCACGGCUCCUCCAACGAGCAACAUGCAGAGGAGAAGAUCCGAUUCAUCUUUGGUGACAUCAGCACAGAUGCAGCUCCCACCGCUGACAGAGGAACCAUUUCAGCUGAGGAUCCGGGCAGUUCUAAUGAUGAAAACGAAAUAUCAAGAUGUACAACUGAAGAAACCUCUAAUGACUAAGGUCAGCAUGGAGGUAUGAGGUUUCUGUAUUGAGAGGACUAAAGGAACAUGUUUAAAAAUCAUCUCCAUCGGUUAAGAUGUGCAAAGCAUAAAGAAGGUUGGAAUAAAAACAAGAAGCUAAAACAA